CAAAAUUUUGUUAAGAAAUAUAAAAUGCCCUCAGACAGUAAUAUUGUUAUGGACAUUGAACAAAAUAAAAAAAUGUUACACCAGGCUUUAGUAAUGGCGGAAGUGGGUAUUGAUAUGAAAGAAAGAUAUCUAGCAGGUAUGAAGUAUGUUUGUUACCUUAAAGCCGUACUUAAUGGGGCUGAUAGAGCCCUAAAUAGACUUCAAAUGAUAUCAAAAACUUCCUUGGUGAACGCACAGAAGUAUAUACUAAAUAAUAUUUCGAGUUGUGAUAGUACCACCAGGAAUGACUACGAAAAACUACUGGCAGUUGUUGAAAAACAGUUAAAUGAAAUCGAGGACAUAAAAGAUAUCGAUUCUGAUUAUAAUAGUUUGUCACAACUGUCCGAAAAAAUAAAGAAUCUUGAAACUAGGCAAAAGUUAUCCGACACACAUAUACAGAAUUUACACAGCACCAGCAGUAAAAGUGUUAAAUCUGAUGUGGAUGAAAAAUAUCCGGAAAAUUUGUCAAGAGAAUCUUUGAUAGAUCUAAAUAAUAUAGCGAAUUUACCACCAGUUCCUGAGGAUAUUUUUGCUACUUUUUCGUCUUACAAGCCUACAAGAUCUUCCAGUUUGAGCUCCUUAAAAAGCAUGAGAAAAGUUAAAUUGUUUUUGCAGAAAGCUGAAAAUUCAGAUGAGGAGGAUAGCAGUGAUGCUGAGGAUAGUGAUUUUUUUAAGUUGGAAUUUAGAUAUCCAGCAGGUAUGAAGUAUGUUUGUUACCUUAAAGCCGUACUUAAUGGGGCUGAUAGAGCCCUAAAUAGACUUCAAAUGAUAUCAAAAACUUCCUUGGUGAACGCACAGAAGUAUAUAUUAAAUAAUAUUUCGAGUUGUGAUGGUACCACCAGGAAUGACUACGAAAAACUACUGGCGGUUGUUGAAAAACAGUUAAAUGAAAUUGAGGACAUAAAAGAUAUCGAUUCUGAUUAUAAUAGUUUGUCACAACUGUCCGAAAAAAUAAAGAAUCUUGAAACUAGGCAAAAGUUAUCAGACACACAUAUACAGAAUUUACACAGCACCAGCAGUAAAAGUGUUAAAUCUGAUGUCGAUGAAAAAUAUCCGGAAAAUUUGUCAAGAGAAUCUUUGAUAGAUCUAAAUAAUAUAGCGAAUUUACCACCAGUUCCUGAGGAUAUUUUUGCUACUUUUUCGUCUUACAAGCCUACAAGAUCUUCCAGUUUGAGCUCUUUAAAAAGCAUGAGAAAAGUUAAAUUGUUUUUGCAGAAAGCUGAAAAUUCAGAUGAGGAGGAUAGCAGUGAUGCUGAGGAUAGUGAAUUUUUUAAGUUGGAAUUUGGUGAUAAUGAAAAUCAAAAUUACUCAUCACCAUCAAAAAAAUUGCUUGGAAAUAUAACAGAAGAAACACAAGAUUAA